AUGAGACAAAGUACACGUCCUGUGCCGAGACGUGGUGCAGGACGGCCAAGCAAGAGAGCGUUGGAAUCUCAGGCGACGAAGUCACCGGAGAGGUCUGCUGGGUUUGAGCCCUUCAGUCAGGGACAAACUCCUCAUGGUACUACGGGUGCGUUGGGCUCUCGGAUCCUGACGGUUCUUUCUCUAGAGUUGCCCACACCUACAGUAUCCACUGUACCACCGGUAGUACCAUCUGCAACAUACUCAACCCCUCCACCAGCAGUGCCUUCUACUACGUAUCUGGCACCACCGCCACCUGUACCUGCUACGGCGUAUCCAGCACCAGCAACACCAGUUACACUUGUGCCUACUACAUACUCGGCACCCACACCAGUAGUACCAGUUGCUCCUUAUCUGAUACCACCAUCUACCAUACCUCCAGUCGCUCCUGUAUAUAUUGACCCUACAAUGCCACCAGCGGUACCUGCCCCGACUUAUGCAGCAGCACCAGGGGUACCUCCCCCGGCCUAUCCAGCGGUACCACUUGUAGUACCAGCUCUAAUGGUUCCGCCAAUUACCGCGGCGAUCUCUACUCACCCUACAAAUAUGGUUGCGGCACGAGGUCGAAUCCCAGCUUUAGCAGAAUCGAUGAAGAGCAGAUUCACACUAUUCCGCGAGGAGACUGAUCCGAGUUUUGUUCAAGGACUAGAUAGACAUCUGCAAGUAAAGAUUGCCGAUUUUGGAAAUUCGUCUUAUAUAGAGGCAUUGGAUAGAACUCUUAUGAUUGAGGCGGCUCAGCAAAGAGCGAAUACGGACAAGAAAAGGAAGCAGAUAGAUUGGACUUCAGGACAGACCCAGCAACCACAGGCUACCCGACAGCAGUAG